AUGAGUAGUCCUAAUGGUAGCCCCGAAAGGGCAAGUUUAGGCCAAGAUGGCAUUUCUGUCGAGACAGAUAAAACAUGCGGCCAUGAUGGCGAACCCAGAAAAUCGUGGGGUGGUUACAGUAUACCAAAGAAAACUAAAAACAAAGACUCUAUGAGAACUUAUAUGAAAGAUCGUUAUGACGACGACAGUGCUUCGUCAGACCCUUACGAAGACGAUAGUUCUGAAGAAGAGGGCGAAAUUGACGAUUUUACGUACAAGUCGCCAUUAUCACGCACCCGGGAGCCCAAAGAGGCCGAUUCGGAUGAUGAACUGGACGCUAAGCGUUUUGAUCCGCUCAAUGAUGAGACGGAAUAUUUGUUGGACAAAAGCAAGGCAAAGUAUGCUAAGAAGUAUUUUAAACUUCAUUUGACAGAGGAGAAGAUCCGCUCCUGUAUUUUAGAAGACGCGCCCAUACCGGGUAUCGAAUUUUUGAAUCCUCCGGAAAUUGACGAUUACAUUGAGGACUUAGUGGCGGAUCACAAGUCUAUGAAGUUCUUAAAAAUGCACGAUUCGUCGUUGAAAUUUGUUCAGAAACACGUCGCUCAGUGUAUGGGACCAGUAUCUCGCAUAUGGGAAGAAUUAGACAAAGCUCACGAGGGCCACACAUCAACUUUGGAUAUUGAAGAUGUGGUCAAGUUGCUGGAAAAGACUAUUCUUAUGAUUGGCCAGGUGAACAUGGCGUGUCUUUACGAGCGGAGAAUAAAUUUCCUCGCCAAGAUUCUCAAGAGUACAAAGAAAGCGAAAAGCAUGUUACGCGACAACGAGGCAAAACUUCAGGACGACACUGUACUAUUUGGGAACGAUUUUUAUGCUACCCUGUACCGGAAGUCAAAAGACAGAAAGCGAGCCCGAGAGAUGUCAAGGGAUAUCGCCAGGCUUGUAACCAAGAAACCUAGGCUGACUCAGACUGUCGACCAGCCCUUUCGUCAGGGACCCUCUGGUGAGCAGAAAAGAACCAGGGGGUCGAACUUCAGAGGCAGAGGUGGCAUUACAAAGAAACAAAGAGCGCCAUAUCCAGGCAGCAAGAAGUGAAAAGGCAGCUUGACUCUGAAACUCUGUUACCUUGACAACAAAAUUAAAAAAAAAAAAAAAAGUUGUUAUUUUUUCAAUCAAAUGUCACUUUACACACAG